AUAUGUACGCAUUCUCGUUGUUGCCGUCGCCCGCCGUCAACGUCGGCGUUGCCUCGGUACGGCGCUUUGGAGCGUAGCAACGGCCCGGUCGCGCGGGGGCCGCGUGCUGUCACCGCUGUUUCUCCAAAAUUUGCGUGCGCGCGAGAAGGCAGCAACAGCUUGCCGUCGCGGCCAGUGACAACGUUUAUUUUCGAUAGAAAGGAGAGAGAGAGAGAGAGAGAUAGAGAGAUAGAUAGAUAGAAAGAGAGAGAGAGAGCUCUAUCUCGAGACUCUGCUGCAGCGGUUAAUCUGUACGAGAGCGACGAGGACAGCCACAGGCAGGUAAAAGACGCGAGAGCGAGUGAAAGGACUUUUUUGGAUAGAAUCGCAUAUUGAUAAACAAGAAAAUGGUGUCGACUCGUCAAUCAAGCAACAUGGGAAACAGCAGUAGUAGUAGUUCAGUUGGGGAAGUCGGAGAAACGAGUUCAUUGAAAAAGCAUCAUCCGGUAACAGCUGGCACAUCUAACAGUGGAUCCACAAUUGAAUCGCGCAAUCUGAAUCUUUUGGAUUUACCUGUUGAAAUUCUUGAGAAGAUUUUUGGCUAUUUAGGCUUCAAUAUGGUAGCACAUAUGCGUCUAGUUUGCCAUCAAUUGGACCGUAUUUGUGGAUCAAUUCUCAACUCUACAUUUCAAAAGCUGCAGGCUCAGAUGUUGAGCCGUUUCCAGGCUAUCAAGGCGCAAAUGCCCAGACGCGAAUCCGCGCGUCGAAAUCACCCUUUAGCUUGCGAAUCAGAUAUCAUAGAAACUCUGCAUAUGCGGCUUACCUUGCUGCAAAUGAGUUUCGGCAAACACAUUGAGCGGAAGCAUUGUUGCUUUUUCCCCGGCGAAAUCCUGGAUGAGGUUUAUCGCAUUCUUUAUUACAUAAAAGUUACUCCGAAAUUGCAAAGACCUUACAAGGUCACAGAUGAACUGUUUGAUUUGAGCACUAUGGCCAUGGAAUAUUUCAAGGAACACAUUGAACCAACAUUACCGGAAAUACCUUAUUUCGGUGCUGACUUUCUGGAUCUUGCAGGAACGUUCUCUUCUACUAGUAGUGUGAGUAAACCAUUUAUGUGCCUGGAUUCCGCACCUUUAACCGUCGGAAACGGAAAAACGGGCAAUACCGGCGAAGAAGAAGGUUCUUCGUCGCAUUGUUCAGAUGAUCCUGCUCUCUUGGAAUCCAGUGUAUCGCCGCCACAAUCGAAUAUGGUUUUGCGAAAACGAAUUCGCAAGAUCAAACAAGGCAUGAGAAGAUACAAUAGCCAGCUGACACUGAUGCGCAGGGAUUUAAAGAGUUGCAAAGCAAAAAUCGCCGAACAACAGAAACAGAUUGUGGAAUAUGCCACUCGAUUGGACGAUAAUGACAAGAAGAAUGAGGAGACGUCGCGAAAAUUCAGCACGCUCCUACAGGAAUUGAACAAGUGCAAAACCGAGCUGCAGUAUUGGCGAUCCAAAUCACCAGCAAUACCAGUAUGCGUAGGUUGCGGCCAGUCAAUGCCAGUCCCUACGGAGGAUUUACAAGCUUUAGCCAAUCAGGGAGUGUUGCCAGAUGCAUUUGGUGAGGGGCACGAUUUCAUUCCCAUCGCGGAUGCACACAGUCCCACCGAAGUGGUACAGCAAUCCGUAGUUACGCAAUCUCCUCCGUCGACGCCGACGGAGGAGAUGGCACCCCCAAAGGCUCCUGUGCCUUCGAUAUCCUUUAAACGGAGAUCCACCACAGAGGAAACGUCGAGCGAUUCCGCGAAAAAAUCACGUCGCACUGCCAAGUCUCGUCAGGCUAAGCGCUCAAAGAUAUAAAAUCGAUAACACUGAUCAUGGUACAAAUAUCUGUUCAACCAAUCUCUAAUGGAUUUCCGGAGAGAUGGGGAACUUUCUACGAUAGUUUACGCGCGUUUCUUUAUGUCAGCAAGCCGAUGAUCUUAGAAGAGUACAAAAUUUCCUCACCGAACGUCCUGCAUAUUGCGCAACGAACCUCGUUUUAAAAAAAAAUUUAUCGCGUCAAUAUAAUGAUCAUCAGAUUUUUUUCUCAUGGACAGAGAUGUUGCCGCCGAUGCAUGGCGUGCAUUUUAUAAAUAUUCUAAAGAAGCCUAGCCGAUCAUUUGCUUUGCUCAUAAAGCAACGUCUUAACCAUACUUUCCCGAAUUCCUAUUAAAAUUCUUUGUAAUUAUUUCGCAAUUAUUACCGUCAUUGCUGCGGUACACUCAAGGAUAAUAGAAAGUUAAAAUCGAGUUUUAUCUUUGUCAUGCAUUUAACAGCGGUAUCACGCGAUAAAACAAAAUAACUAUUAUCGUGGCGACUCGCCUUCCAUUUUGCUCUUUGAUCAAAAAAGUGCAAUGGCUCUCAUCAUGUUUUUGGUGUAUCUUUAAUAAAACCUAGAAAACUAGAGACAAGCAGCACAGUUCAAUUCAUAUGAAAGAGGUUUAUUUUGUGAUCGGAAAAAUGUCGCUAUUCGGUGGCGCAGAUCCGAGGAAUACUACUUGACAACUUCGAUGCGAUUAUUCUUCGUACUGAGAAAAUAAAUUAUGGAAAGUAUUAUGUUGCAGCAAUGUUGCAUAGAAACUACAACUUUACAACUGUAUGAUAUAUAAUGCAGAUGCAUUUGUGUAUAGUAGUAACAAUUGGUAGCAAUAUUCUUCGACUUACUUUCUUUGAGCGAACUGAUACUCUUGUCUCUAAUUUUCAUGGCUAGAACAUAAUUUGAAUAUCGUUUUUACCUUUUUUUGAUCAAAUUAGGACAAUAUGAAAACUGAAAAAAAAAAUUAUGUAUACAUAUAAACAUAAAAGUUUAUAUAUAUAUAAACUUUAUGUAUAUAUACGUAAAUUUUACGAAAGUUCAUUUUUAUAUCAAAUGAAUUGGUGUAAACAAAGCAUAUAAUUUUUUUAAAAAUCGGAAGUUUUGUUUCAGCAUUUGAAUUAUUCUCUACAAUAUAAUAUUAUAACUUGGUGGUAAUAUCGCGUGUAUAAAAAUUGAAAUUAAACCACUAGCAAAUUUUAUUUCAAAAUAUUGAUUAAAAAGUAUUUGAAAGGACUGAUCUAUUAAAACUAGUUUGCGCAGACACUGCAAAUAAUGCACCAAUAAUCAUAUCAAUUCAUUUUAAUUAUUUAAGCUUGCUCAAUUUAGAAAAUUUGUUUAUAAUCACAUAUAUAAUUAGAUGCCAUUAGAUGUCUUAUUAUCCAGUUUUAUAAUUUGUGUUCAUUUAGAUUUUGGAUUAAUUCAAAUAGCUGGAUAAAAUCAAAAUAUUUCAUGAUGGAAGUUUCGUCCCAGCCUUAUGGCGCGAAAUAAUCCGAAAAUCUGGCACAAAUUUAAGUCAUAACAAAAGAGCAAAAUGUUGAUGAAUACCUGGAAAGGUGGUAGUUUAUUUUUACGAAUUACACUGUCUUAUUAAGAGAAUUAUGCGAAAGAUAGUGUACGCGCGCAUUGCAAUAUUAAUAGAACUAGCUAAUAAUUUAUAGGAAUGAUUCUACUUAGAUAAAAAAAAUAUUGGGUAUCAUGCCAUUUUUUUAUAUUACGUGAAACAAUGAAGUCUUGUUAUUAAUAAAUUCGAUGGAAAUUUCUCUAUAUGAAUACACGUUUUGAUGGAAUUUUAAAGUAACAGGCGUUCAGAUUCGUAAAUUAAAAUAAUCGAGAAUAUUUGCAAUCGGAUUUUGUCGGAAGUUUGACAGUUUACCAUGCACAAUUAUUGGUACAGUAGCAGCAAUUUACGUCUCAUUUGCAUUGAUUACCCAAUUAAUCUCAAAGCAGCAUAGUUAGAUAUUGUGAUUUUUUCAUGAUUCUACUUAUUAAAAAGAAAAAAAAAUGGAGAAUACGGAUAAAUAAGUGAAUGAUACUUUAUUAUAAAUAUAUAUAUAUAAUUUUUUAUCGAUGUCAAAAGAAAUUAGAGAGAAAAAACAGAGAUAACACUUAGAGUGCGAGUCUAACGGGAGAAUACACGCGCAUAUGUGUGAGGUGAAUGUGUGUGAUAUAUAUAUAAAAUAACUAAAUUCAAACUCUACGAGAAUUUACGAUGUGAUGCUUUAUCGAUUUAUAACCGCGAGAAAGUGACCUUUAUCCGAAAUAAAAAAAAAAGAAAACACGUGAAGCGUUUCUGGCUGCGAACGAGUAUGUAAACUUCACUUAUUAAUGUUACGUUGAAUAGCUCAUUACGGGGGCGGGCAUAGCCAAAUCGCACGUGUCGGAAAUUUCGAAAUGCUUGUAUGUUCACUCUGUAAAAAUGUCGCGCGAAAUAUUUUUUCGGACAUCCAGAGAGGAUAAAAUUCUCGGGGAAAAAAAAAAAAACGAAACUCGCAUCGAUUCUGUUACAUUAUUCGGGCCCCUAAGAACGAGCACAUAUAAAUUCAGAAUCGACAUCAGCGGCCGAAUUGCAUCAACGUCAAGUCAGUACUAACUCUGGUCAACUAGUAAAAGAUUGUGCAUUCUGAUAAUUGAUCAUCAAAAUAUUUUUCUCUUAUCAUAAUAAUACAAUACAAAAUAUCCUCAUUACAGCUUUGUAAGAUACGCCAUAUAAAGAGAAAUCAUGUGGCAAAAGUUCAUAUAUCAUCAAAUAUAAAUAUAUAUUAUUAUAUAUAAAAUAUGUUCACAUGAUAUAUAAAAUAUGUUUUCUUUCUCUCGUAUAAUCUUUGUUCGUAUAUACAG